AAAGUGUGUGUGUGUGUGUGUGUGUGUGUGUGUGUGAGAGAGAGAGAGAGAGAGAGAGAGAGGGAAGAUCCUGUUGAAGACUUCCUGAAUGGGCCACAAUGCCGGAGUGGAGAGGAACAACAGCGGGAGGAGAAGAAUGAGACUUCUCCAGCACACAGGUUCCCACUUUCUGCUUUCCCAAUUGGAUACGUGGAGAAUGGAUGAGGAUUCUGUUCUGCCAGGCAGGGAUCGUGUCCAGCAUGAAGGUCUGCUUUUGAAAAUGGAUCUAUGAAGACAACACCCCAAGUCUUCAUCUGAUGCACCUCUACCAGAUUUGUUUAUUAGAACGAAAAGAUCAGCCGAAAGGAGCUUCAUAGGACUGACAACAUGUGUCAUGUCAUUGUAACGUGCCGGUCUAUGCUGUGGACCUUGUUGAGCAUUGUGGUGGCAUUUGCUGAGCUGGUGGCCAUCAUGAGUGCCGAUUGGUUAGUAGGGGCACACCAUCCAUCUCAGUACCCUUCCAAUGCUUCAGCUAGUGGACCCCCAGACCCUAACCCACCUACACUUGGCCUCUACAGUCGCUGCAUCCGAGUGUUGCAGCAGAAGACGGUUCAGUGCGGACCAUAUGCUGCAGGCUUUACAGAGAUUGCGAGUGGAUUCUGGCAGGCCUCCAUUAUAUUCCUGGUUGUUGGAAUAUUCCUGCUGUCCAUAGUUGGCUUCCUUGCUGUCUUUAGCAUGUGCUUUCAGAGUAUCCUUGGGAAAAGCAUCUUUAAUGUCUGCGGCCUCCUUCAAGGCAUAGCAGGCCUGUUCCUGAUGCUCGGACUGAUGCUCUACCCAGCAGGCUUCGGCUGUGAUAAGGUGGUCAGCUACUGUGGUCCGGAAGCGUCGCCGUAUAAACUGGGUCAGUGUUCUGUAGGCUGGGCUCUCUACACGGCAAUAGGAGGGACGGCUCUCACUUUCAUCUGCGCCAUGUUCUCAGCCCAAGCCGAGAUCGCCACUUCCGGGGACAAGGUCCAAGAUGAGAUCGACGAAGGCAGGACGCUCAUCUGUGUGCUGUAGAUGAGAAACGCUGCUCUCAGAUUUACUAGCUGAACGUUUACAUUGCGUUGUUUUGCUGUCAACAGUCUGCAGGGCUUAUUGAUGAGGCCAUGAUUUUUGAUAGUUUGGGAAAAGACUGUAGCCCUGAUGAUAGUUGUAAUGGCUGUAAUAAUACCUUUUACUGCUAAAUUCUGUUAGUGUAAAUUCAAAAGGUGCAGUUUUAAAAAGUAGUCCUUUGAAAGUGUAAUAUUUUGAUAAUAAAAGAAAUCGUAUAAAAGGCUAGAAUUGUAGGCUUUGAAGUAUGAGAUAUGAAUACAAGCAGAUGCCUAGUGUAUAUGCCAUAUGUUUUAGGAACAUGCUUUUUUUUUUUUUGGGAACAUACUGAGGAACAUGAUCUGAGGUAAAGCUCUGAUUUCUGAAAGGCUUCAUAGCUUCAGCAUCAAAGAAACCAACAUGAACAAGUCUAUAUGGCUUCAGAAUUUCAUUUAUUCUUCUUUAUGUACUUGUAUUUAGCCCAGAUAAUCCAUUUAAAGCUCAAGGAGGCGCUAAUAUUUUUGUACUGAUUGUAUCCCACAGUGUUCGAAACAGAGAUUUCGUUCACGAAGUGUACAAAAGCCAAGAACGCAACAUCUGUGACACAAGCCCGUUUGCUAAUAUUUUCUGUUUAUUUUUUCUUUUCCUUUUCCUUUUUAAAGGUGUCCUGCCUUUCCUGAGUUUACAUGAGUGGUAGAUUGUAAUAUCUAAUGCUCCAAGGAGAAACUGUGUGUCUCGAGUAGGUCAAGCAUCAUUUAUUCUUAGCUUUAACCAUACUUAGUUCCUUUUGAGUUGUGAUGGCAACAGGCAACAUACACCGUGCAAUAAAUAAAGCUGCAUUUCAUUCUAAUCAUUCACACACACACACACACACAUGUUUAUCAAGCUGUUUUGAGCACAUCUGACCUUUUUUAUGCUUCUCAUAUAACUCUCUCUGAUUUUUUUCCCCAUGUAUUUGUUAUAUUAACAAACAUAUUUUGUAUAUUUUUUCAAAAAUCUUUCUUUUGCUGUGCUUUUAGAGAACAGUACAAAUUAAAAAUGUAGAUAA